AUGGCAGCACCCGAUGCUAGCUGUGCCGCGGACUUGCAGUGCUUGCUGAUGCAGCAGCACCGGGAGAUCAUGCAGCAGUUGGCAGCACAGCAUUCUGCAUUGCAGAACGUUGUGUUCAAAGCACGCCUUCAAACUACUGGGAGCCUUUUGGAGCCCGCAGCAUCGCCAUUCCCAGUUGCAGAACGCCAGUCGAUCCGGUCCAGUGUCGCUUCCUCAGCCAGCUCGAUUAGAGAAGUGGAAGCCAGCAUGAGCAUGAAAGCGGAACAAUCGUCGUCCUCGCCUCCCCUUGGCCCGCAGCGCCGGUAUCUGAAGACUUUCUCAGCACUUGACCGCGCACUUCGACGGGCGGCUUCCGAAGUGCAUCGAUCAAAGAAGGAGUUGCUCCCAUCUCAUGCGGAAGGUGCAGAUUCCCGGCAUGGUUGCCUUGUCGAGAUUUGCUCACAUCCGUUCUUCGAAGCAGGCUGCACACUCGUGGUUCUGGCUAAUGCGAUUUUCAUCGGAUUCGAAACCCAGCACGCUAUCCAAUAUCCCGGGUCGAUGCCGCCGGAGUUUUUUGUCACACAAGCAGCCUUUGCAGCAAUAUUUAUGGUCGAGCUCUUGAUGCGAAUCUGCGCCGGUGGCAAGCGUGUCUUCUUUUCGAAAGAGUGGAUGUGGGGCUGGCUGGAUCUCGUUGUUGUGGUCACCUCCGUGUGGCAAGUGGUGAAUGAUGCUUUUAUCAUGUACUCGGAAGACCCGGAACGUGGUGGUUCUGCUACAACUUUAUCCAGCAUCCGAGCCUUCAGAAUCAUCCGUGUUGCACGCAUCCUGAGAGCCGUGCGAAUCGUCAAAGUCCUCCGCUUUGUGACGGCGUUAAGAACAUUGGUCACCUCAAUAUUUCAUACGCUCAAGUCUUUGUUCUGGGCGAUGGUGUUGCUGGUGCUCAUCGUCUAUGUCUUUGCAGCACUUUUCUCGCAAGCGAUUCACGACCACAUGAACUCUGCGGGUGAGUCAAUGGAUACGGAGGACAUGGAGGCCGCUCGCCGCUAUUUUGGGUCGCUGGCCUACACCAUGCUCAGCCUCUUCAUGAGUAUCUCUGGUGGCGUGAGCUGGUUUGAGGUCAUUCGUCCCCUCGAGGCGAUCUCCCUCGGAUGGGUCUUUUGCUUUCUUUUUUACGUGAGUUUUACGUACUUCGCUGUGCUGAACGUCGUAACCGCGGUAUUCUGUCAAGUUGCCAUAGAUAGUGCGCAACAAGACCAUGCGUCGGUCAUCCAGUCCAUCCUCGAGAACAAGGAGGCGCACCUGGAGAAGAUUCGUGGACUAUUCAGCCAAUUCGGCGGGGAGGACUGCACGACAAUUACAUUUGCGAUGUUUGAGGAGACGAUCAAGUCGCCAGAGGUUCGUGAAUAUUUUGAAAGCUUGGGCCUUGAUAUCUGGGAUGCAUGGUCGUUUUUCAAGCUGUUGGAUCUGGACGCCGGUGGUGAGGUGGAGAUAGACGAGUUCCUGAUGGGAUGUUUGCGCUUGAGAGGCAAUGCGCGGGCUGUCGAUGUUGGAAAACUUAUCCAUGAUCAAACCUGGCUCAUCAAAAUGUUUGGACGCUUUCAAUGGCAUGUGGAGGAUCAGUUGUCUCAGCUGACUGCAGCGCUGUCAGUGCCGUCGGGAUCUGACGGCAUUGAAACAUUAUGUGACGACCUUGGCUCUGGACUUGGGCCAGAUGUUGCUUGCACGCCUUUGAAGCACCAUGAGAUUGCCGGGCUGAUGUCGGUGCACUAUCCGUGA